AACUUCUACUUUAGAUUUCGUCUGUUCAUUUUGAACGAUUUAUUUUGAAGUUAUGCUCUUUAAUUAAUGUACUUUUUGAUCGCUCUUACAGAUCUUUCGUUCUGUAUCGUGAAAUUUGCUACAAAACCCAAUUUUUAAAGUGCAAGCAAAUCUGUCGAAAUAUGCAAACUUUGUAUAAUAAAUGCUCUAACUUUUGAUGGAGAAAUCUUUUUAACAGUUUGGAUACGCUGUAUUAGUUCCUGCCAGCUUUUAUCUAUUAUUUCGCAAUGGGAUAUGUAAUUAAAAUACCCUUUAAAAUAUUCUGGACUAUUGUCGCACUACUUCCAUCAGCUAGUUUCUUCUUUUGCGUUUGUUGGUCACUUCUGAAAAAUUUCGACGAGACAACUAGAACUCAUUGCAAUGUCCAGAAUUUCUUACCUUCAAUCAGUACUGCUAUUGGAAGUUAUAAUCUACAAAGAUACGUGUGGCAAGUCGGUAUUGCUCUGCAUUGUGCUCCUAGAUUCUUAGUCGCACUUAUGUACUACAAUCAUUUUCGAAAUAUUAUUAAUGAAGCUAAGUGGAUUAAUAUUGUAUAUCUAACAUAUUUAUUUCAGAAUAUUGAAAUAAUCUGUUUAAUUAGCUUAUCUUUUGUUUCGUCUACUGAAAACUUUCCUGCUCACCAGAAAUUUUUUGUCAUGUUUGUCUUGUCUGCACUGGUAUCUAUGACUUUAACUUAUGCGAUUUUGAAGUACAGAAUGCAUCAUUUGCUUACAAAAACUGAGAAAAAAUCUGUUCGCUUAAAAUUAUUGUUGCUGUCAAUCAAUUUAUUUGCUUUCAGUUUAUCUGUCUAUUUCUAUUUUCGACAUAAUUGGUAUUGUGAAUCUGGAAUGUAUACACUAUUUGCAUUGUCAGAAUAUGUUGUGGUACUUUCAAAUAUAUGCUAUCAUUUUACAGCUAUUUAUGAUUUUUCUAAUCAAUAUCUUAUUGUUGCAACAUGCUAAUGUCUAUCAAAUUAUUUAUACUUAAUUACAAAAAAGAUACCUCUGUCUGAACAUGUACUUAAAUAUCUUUAAAGUUGAACUGUUGUUUAUUUAAUAAUGUAAUUUUUUAUUUAUUUAUUAUAUCUUGUUUAAAUACCUAUUUCUCAAUAAUGAUAAAUUAUGUGAUAGAUAUGGAUGUAAAUAUGAACAUGCAAACUAGUAAAUAAUGAUCAAUUUAAUACAUAAAUUUCAUGUAGAGAAUCUUGAUAUAAAUUUAAUAGUUUAAUUUGAAUCUUUACAAGAACUAAAUCAACCAUUUUUGUCACAAACAAAUAAUUUGUUGCACAUGUAAUAUGAAUGAAAUAAUUUAAAAUAGAUUUAAUUUUUUUUGUAGAUACAAGAAUUAAUAUUCCAAAAAAGGCUGCUGUUAACUAAUUAAUAAAUUUUGGGGUAAGGGUGUAUUAGAAAAGAAAGACAUUUUUUCAACCUAUACAUCAAAGCUAAAUAUAGACCAACCCAAAAUCUGCCGUAACUAUAAGCCAGACCAGAAACUUUACUUCUGAAUCGUAAAAUGUGUAUAUGGUGUGUACUCUAAAUAAGUAAAGUAUUUGAAAUUGUAUAUUAAAUUUGCAUGACUCAAAGGGUGACCUGGCUAUGGUGUAUGGCAUGAUAGCUAUAUGUUAGAGGUCCAUGAAGUGUCUGAGAUGUGGAGGACAACUCCAUCUGAUUUCCCAUGAAUUGCUUGCUAUUUAUGUAUGACAACAUUAAGUUAUAAUUAAACUUUUAUAAAACUUUUAAUUAAACCAUAAUAAAACUUUUUCAUGGGGUUAGUGAAAUUUAAAAUAACCAUCUUUUUAAAAAAUAUAUAUAUAUAUAUAAAUCACAUGGGAAAUCCUGUUUUUUGUCAUAUUAAAGUUCGCAAUGAAUAUGUUCAAGCUAAAGAAUGUUUAACAAAGUUCUGUUUAACAAAGUCGCAAAUUUGGAAAGAAAAAAAAGUUUAAUAUGUUUAUGUUUUUAAAAAAUCGUAUCAUAUGUAUCAAUUUCUCCAUUUUCAAAGUAACUAUAAUCAUUAAGUGUUCCAUUUACUUAUUAAAAUCAGUCUUUUUAAUACAUUAAUCUCAAGGUGUGAUGUUUGUGUAGACAAAAGUUUUAGGACUUUAAUAAUCUUCUUGUCUUUCAAAAAAACUUUUUCUGGAUCUCAAAAAUGAAAAUUGUUGGUCUUCUCCUUUGAUAAAUGAUAUAUUUUCUAAAUAUUUACUUAUUCCAUUUGUUUAGUAUUUGUAAUAUAUUUUAUUUGUUUUUAGAAUGUUAGCAAUGUAGAUUAGAUUGCUGGUUGUUCCUUUUAUACAUUGGUGAAACUGGUAGGGGCGGCGUUAGCAUUUUCUUUAUCAUCCUGUAAUUAUUAUUUGAUUUCAGCAUUUUCAGUUUUAAAUAACUAAUACAAUAGAAAACUGCUAUGUAUUUAUAUUAGAUUUGGAUAUUUGGGAUAGGCUAAGGGGCUAUAGCCCAAUCUAUACAAAUUUCCUAGUUAUUCCUUUGUGAAUAAAAAUCUUAACUUUUUUUAUGUAUAUAUAUAUACUUUCAUUCCUUUGUAUAAGUAGAAUUGUAAAUUGGAUGAUAUUAAAUAUGUCCUACAUCAAUAAGUUUAUUUGUAAUUUUUCAUUGAACUACUUAAGUGCAUUUAAUUACUAUGCGUUAAUGUUUUUAUGGUUUUUAAUGUGUUAUUUUGUGUGAAGAAUUGAAAAUUGUGAAGUUUUUAUCCUUUGGUUUUAUUAAACAGAAAUAUUAAAUAAAUGGCAAGCUUUU